UGUGUGUCUGUGUGUGUUUUGUUGUGCAGAUGUUUGUCAGAGCGACAGUGAGAGUGACGCAGAAGUUGAGAACUCGAUCCAUCAGAUGAAAACCGACUCCAGAGAAAUCUCCUCCAUCAGCCACGAGCCCACAGACAGGCAGCCAACCAGAGGCUGUGAUACAAAUAAACGAGGCCAGAGUGUGGAGAAGCGCCUGUUUGACCUGACCUCUGUACCUCUGCACGCCGAACACUUCACGCGGACUCUGGAGGAGUGUUUCAUUCACCGCUGCUGCUUUCCAGGACAGCAGCUUCUCGCCGGCGUGAGAAGAACGUCACGCUUACUGCCAAACCAUAACUGUGUAAACAUCUGGACGGCCACUGCUCCAGCUGCUGGAGAAAGCAUCCGGGGCUGCAGCUACGGCGCCAUGGAGACUUCACACCAGGCCAUUCUGGGAAAUUUCCCACUGUGCCUUCAGCAGCCUGAAACAACCUCGCAGGCUCUGAUCAUCUCUCAUUGUUACCCGUAUAACUGCAUGCUGGCGACUCCUUGGACCCAGCGCAUGGCCGCUUCGGCUCGCUGUGCUCCGUAUCCUCUCCCACAUGCCUCCCACACACACCUGCUGCAGCCCCGACGCCACACUCCAGCCCGAGUCCAGCCCGAGAGCAAAGCCUGCAGGGAUCACAGGUCGCCCACGCAACCUUCCACAUAAAAGACUUCAUUUCAACUGAGCAGCAAUAAACAUUUCACACCUGUGACUGAAGUGAGAAUAAAUAAAAAAAUCAUAACGUAGAAUAGGAGCUGGAGAAAGGCUCUUAAUCUUCAACCGUUCACCUGUAAGUGGGCAAAACAGGGUAAGACAAGUCACUUCUUAUUCAUUUUAUAUUUUCCUGUGCAGCACAGAACAUUCUGAGCUGAGUGAAUUAAAUGCAUUGAGCUACAGCAACAUUUACAUGUUACAAAUAC